UUAUAUUUAAUUGUUUUAUUUGGAAUAAAUAGUAAUAAUAAUAAUAUUAAUAAAUAAAUAUAAAUGUGUGGUUAUGUGGAAGAAUAUGAUAAAGGUAUAAACAUAAGUUGUUGCGAGAGAAGGAAGGAAAAGAGAAUGAGGAGCCGCACCUCUGGAUUCCUUGGUCGACUUGGAGCCAAGUGAGAGGUUGCUUUCGUAUUAAAUCUAGAGAACUUUUGAUCAGAGGAUAGAGAACUAAAGCUAAAGCUAAAGCUAAAGAGCUAAAGAUACCUACCUGUGCUGGGUUGAUAUUACUUUUAAGGAGAACGAAUUCCGAGGGGGCACGUACGAGGAGCUUCGACGCCACUGGGAGCCGCAUACCAUAGACAAGCGAGAGGUCUGGGAAAAGGGGAGAAAGAGGACGAGGAGCACAGCACGAGGAGCUGGACAACCUCAGUUAAGUUAAGUUAAGUGGUGGUGUUGUCUCUGACAACUGGGAAGGAGAACCAGCACUGGAGAGGGCACAGACCAAAGACCAGAGUGGGACGUUGAGAACCACCACGAGGAAGUGAGCGAGACCGAGAUAGUCUCUGGUAAACCCAACGAGAGUGGGCAGCUUGGUGCUGAAGCUGAACCAGCCAUAAUGGUCUAACGCGAUCUCCGCGAGGCGGCUACAGCUGCUGUGAAGAAACCUUUCUUUCUCUAUCUGAUGAUACCAAGAGCAGUAACUCUUACGCUGCUGUAAGGAGUACGAGAGGAUCUUCUCUUUGGGAGUUUUAUUAAAUACGAGGCGAGAUUUUGCAACUCGACCAGGAUAUUUCAACACAACGUGUUAUUAACCUCUUCCAGAGGUUUAUCUGUUGCCACGCCGGAUAACUACGGAAGGGCUUUUGCGUGUGCCAAAUUGUAUAUAUUUUGAUUUUAUUCAGGUCUAACAAAAUGAGAGGUUCAAACCAGGACUCGGCAACGCCAUACUGCAGAUGUCGAGUGCUCUAUCUCGGAAGCUCAGUGCCACAUGCGAGCAAAGAAGGUCUCCUGGGAGUCCAAGAACCCUUACGAGAGCUCUACCCCGAGCAGGGUGCUCUAGGAGCUCGUGGAAUCGACUCCUGGUUAAGUGUCUGGAGCAACGGAUUGUUGCUAGAGAACGUUGACGAGCAUCGAAAGAAAGUAACUCGGUUCUUUCCAAUAGAGUCUCUGCACUACUGCGCGGCAGUUAGACACGUAAAAGGUGGUAGCGGUGACUCAUCAAGCACGAGGUUCCUUCCUCUAGAUUCUCCGUUCGCGAGAAACCCAAGUGCUAAUCAUCCGCCGCUAUUUGCAGCGGUGUUACGCCGUACAACCGGGAUUAAAGUCCUCGAGUGCCACGCCUUUAUAUGUAAGCGUGAGAUGGCGGCCAACGCCCUGGUGAGAUGUUGCUUUCACGCUUACGCGGACAGCAGCUACGCUAAAGGUCUUGAUCCCUCGAUGGCGACAAUAACAACCAACGGAAGCUCACCCGGAUCCCAUCCUGCGAACGGUACCACCAACGGGAGUCUCUACAACACACUCGGCGGCUCCAGCACCACCUUGGACAACAACAGUCCUCCUGGUACCAGGAUGGACACGACGUCUACCGACGACAUGAGUCUCUACAACGGUGACGAGAACCACAAAGUGUGGGCCAAGGGGAGAGACGAGAUAGACGCUGUUUAUCAGGAGCAGGGGACCAUCAGAAGCACCAGAGGCUCCAGGCCCAGGCAGCUGAUAGCUCCGCCACCUCCUCCGCCCCCACCGCCUCCGCCUUCCCAGCCGAUUCUCGUCGAGGAGUCGACCUCCUCCACCCGGAGGAAAGCCACCAAAAAAUUGAAGAAGAUUAAAAAUCGGUCUGGCCAUGAAGAGCAGCAACCCAUGCAGCUUCCUCAUCACCCGCUUUCUCAUCACCAAAUGCAUCCCCAGGCGAUUUACACAAACGGCCAUGGACACCACACCCUCGGGCACCCCAUCAGGCAGCAGCACCACCACACGCAUCCGAUGCCUCCGAGCAGAUCCGUGGCUGGAACUCUUGCAAGACCGGCUCCAGUUUUCCUGGUGCCCGCUGCGACGCUACCUCGCAAAGCCCAUCAUCACCAUCCUCGGGGAAUGAGGCCAAUACCCGCAGCAGCGCCAAUUGUCCCGGUUUACGCGCCACUGCCGGUGGUACCGCCGCCUCCUGCUGCGAUGUAUCAACCUACCUAUGGCACUGCGGGGAACCGCGGACGGAGACACCAGGAAAUGGACUCGUCGACCCUCGGUGUCAACCGGAGACUCGCUGUGUCUCAUGCUGACCUCACCGCGGCAAUCACUCUUGAUGGCAAUCAGGAUAAUCAUGAAAGCGAUUCGCGGUUUAAUACUGGAAUUUACCGGCGUAAGGGACACAUUAAUGAGCGUGCUUUUUCCCAGAGCAUUAAAGCUGAGCACAGAAGCAGAAGCUACGGAAGCAUCGCGUCGUUGGGAUUCAGCGCUCAGAAUGGAACCACUUUGCCUAAGGACGAAAUAAAAGACCGUGAAAUAGCUCAAAUGGUUGCUGGGUUAAAUCUUGAUGAUAGCAAUGAUAAAGUUUAUAAUAAUCGGGGCAAUCAUUUGGCUCAGCCACUUCCAAGGCCCAGACCGCGUUAAUUUUUUAUUUAAAUAUCGGGUUUGGAUUUUUAAGUAAUUGAUAAUUACUCACGGAAUGUUUAUUUUUAAUUGUUAUUACAAAGAGCCAUUGUAAAUUGUCAGUUUUAUUGUUUGGAAUAGUAAGUUGACCUAGCCAGACAUUUAAGUUAUUAACUAUCUCUCAUUGAUUGUUUAUGAGAGCGUUGACUUUACUUGUCUCAACUCAACUCACAGUACUUGUAUUACGAGUCUGAGGCUAAGGCUCAGCCUGAUUAUGAUGGGAAUAAUAUAUAAGUAUAUUGAAACUAGAGGAAGAAUGAACAUUACGACCUUACACUUGUUACUAACUAAUUAAGCGGAUGAAGAAUAUAAUUGUUUUGUCGUCACGCCGUCGUGUUACCGUCUGCUAUAUUAUUUAACUAAAGUUAAGGAUGUCGACCUUGAGUCAGCGAAAGACCUUUAAUUUUAAAUUAUGCCGGAAGUAUUAAUUAAUUAUAAUAAUUAUUAUUAUCAUUUUUUAUUGUUACUGUGAUGAUAAUAAUUAUUAUUAUUGUUUUUGUUGUUGGAAUUAAAUUUGGAAGAAUGUGAAGAUUUAUUAUAUGGAAUUUUAUAAAAAUACCUGCAAAAUAUUAACAUAAAUUAUCUACGUAUUAGAUUUGACACGUGGAAUUUUUCGAAUAAUAAAUGUGUUAAGUUAGGUGGCCUAAAUACCUGGUCGUCGACUUGCAGGCAACGGAUCAAUGGAAUUAAAUUACGUUAUAUUAAAUAAAUAUAAAUAUGGUAGUUGAUAAUUAAUAUUCGGCGUAUAACCAGUCGGCUAAAUUUAUCUCGUUUAAUAAAAUAACAAUUUAAAAUAAUUAUUUACAAAUGUAAAUAUUUAUUGUUUGUAAAAUAAUAAUUGAAAUUAAAUAGUUAGACUGGGAUAAAAUUUAUGUUGAUAUGAAGACAACAAAAUUAUCAUAAUUUAUUAUUAUAAAAUCACAUCAAAAGGCAUUGCGUCAUACGUACGAUAAUGAAGAUGACAAUCCUGCUAUUAGUCAUCAUCGUUAUCUUCUCAAUCAGUCAUAGAAUCAAGGUCGACAUGCAUAUGUUUUUUUUUUUCUAACAAUUUUUAUUCUGAAAUCCUUUUCAAGUUGUGAGGUUUUGUAAUUUACAAGUACCAGUGCCCGGAUUAAAAUACUCAGUAGCAUUUGAAUUUACAGCCUGGUAAAUUCACAUGCUAUCUGUCAAAAUAAUUGUACACUUAUAUAAAUUUAAAAUAAUAAUCCAUGUAUAUUGCAUCACUUUUAUAUAUUAAAAAAAAAAAAAUAAUGUUAAAACUGUUCAAUUUACCAAAUGAACGAGUCAGUGCAAAAAAUUAUUAUUAUUAUUAUUGCGCCAUUUAAUGUUAUUACUCCGAAAUAACUAUUUCUACAUAUAUAUAUAUAUAUAAAUUGUAUUGAUAUAAAAAUUAUUAUUGUAACGAUAAUUAUUUUAGAGCGUACUAAUUUUAAAAUUAAAUUAACAUGUUAAGAAUUAUUAAAAAGAAGAAAACUUUAGAAUAAAAUAUUUAGGACAAUUCUUAUCAUAAAUCAUAAUGAUAUAUGUUUAUAGUCAGAUGAUAAAUUUGUCCUAAAUAUUUAAUUAAAAUAAUUAAAAAAAUAAUGAUCAAUAGUGUACUUUUUUUUUUAACUAUUUUAUCGAUCAUUAUUUUUUACGUUGCGUAAUAGCGAUACAUACAUGAUACAGAAUCGAGCGUGUAGUAAUAUAUAUAUAUAUAUAUAUGUUUUAAAGAAUUACAUAUCAUACAACAGUUGAACGGAAUGUAAUAGAGAUUCGAGUUGUAUGAGCCUUACACAAGCAAAACUAUACGAUACGAUAUAAUUCAUAUUGAUGAUGAGAAUAUAAUACAUAAUACAUUAAAAAAUAAAUAUAAAAAGAAAAAGAAACGGGAAGUGCCGUGUGUCGAGUUUUUACAGCGAUAAAAAUCCUCGACAGCAUAAUUUAAAAAUAAAUA